AUGUUUGAGCCUCAUGACAAAGAGAAGGCGGUACACGCUGCACCAGAAGAACUUCCAGAAGUCGAAGUCGGAGAGGUGAAAGAUGUCAAGAAUGCAGAUGCUGCACUUGACUUUUUACGGCAUGAGGGCGAAGGAGUAGAGAUGACGGCGGAGGACGAGAAGAGAUUGGUGAGGAAGAUCGAUUGGAUGAUUAUGCCGUUGAUGUGGUGUUGCUAUGUUGCGCAAUAUCUGGACAAGACUUUGAUCAACUACGCUGCUGUCAUGGGCUUGUAUGAAGAUGCGAAUAUCACAAAGGCCGACUUUUCGAACUUGGCUUGGAUUUUCUAUGUUACAUACCUUGCCUUUGAGUUUCCUCAUGGCUAUGGUAUGCAGCGUUUCCCUACUGCCAAAUAUCUGGGUGUCAUGGUGCUGUGCUGGGGUGCCAUCGUUACUGUCACUGCUGCCUGCCACUCGUAUGGCGGCCUCAUCGUCACCAGAGUUCUGCUCGGCUGCUUCGAAUCUGCAGUUGCGCCUUCCUUGAUGCUCAUCACAACCAUGUGGUACAAGAAGAACGAACAACCUCCUCGCACUGGAAUAUGGUAUCUCGGUACUGGUACUGGCACGAUCAUUGGCUCUCUGCUUUCUUACGCAUUCCAACAUGUCCACUCUGCCUCUCUCUACUCUUGGCAAAUCCUUUUCUUGGUUGUUGGGCUGAUCACCGUGUGUAUUGGUAUCACUGUCAUCUUGAUCUUCCCUGACAACCCAAUGACAUCUCGUCUCACCCAUCAAGAAAAGAUUUGGGCUAUCGAGCGUCUUCGCGCAAACCAGACUGGUAUCGAGAACAAGCAUUUCAAGUCCAACCAAGUCCUCGAAUGCUUCAUGGACCCGCAAACCUGGUUGCUGAGUUUGAUCACGAUAGCAUCCUCAGUCCCCAACGGCGCCGUAUCGAGUUUCCAAGCCACGCUUAUCAAAGGAUUUGGCUACAACAGCAAGGAAACUGCUCUGCUGCAGAUCCCUGCUGGUGCGUGUAGUGUAGUCUCUAUCUUGAUCGCCACAUACCUUGCCGGACGAUUCGACCAAAGAGGCUUGAAUGUGAUUACCCUUCUCAUCCCUGGUAUCCUUGGAGGUGCAUUGAUGGCUUUCCUGCCUGGCGAGAACAAAGCAGGGAAACUGAUUGGAAAUUACCUUACCAACUGCAUUGGUGCAAGUUUGCCAUUGUUGUAUUCGUGGGUUGGAGCUAAUUAUGCAGGCCACACCAAGAAGGUCACUAUGAACGCUAUCCUCCUCAUCUCCUUCUGUCUGGGCAACAUCAUCGGCCCACUGACCUUCCGCGCCGCCGAUGCCCCAACCUACACACCUGCAAAGAUCACCAUCAUUGUCACUUGCGCUGCUGCUGUGGUGCUUACUUUGAUGCUGAGAUUCUACUACGUGUGGGAGAACAAGAGGAGAGACAGAGUCAGUGAGCAAAUAGGCCAGACACACAAAGCCGAUAUUGAAUUUGCAGAUGUCACGGAUAGGAAGAAUGCUGAGUUUAGAUAUCGAUUGUAA